AUGCCAGGCAGCGGCCCUAACGAGAGGAUGACAUGGCCUGGGCCGGCCCUCCCCGCGGCACCCCCAACGCGCCCUCUCUCCUCAGCCCCGGGGACACCACCCAUCCCGCCCCUCACCCGGACCCGCAGCCUCAUGGCCAUGUCCCUGCCGGGCAGUAGACGGGCCUCUGCUGGAUCCCGCAGGCGCACCUCUCCCCCCGUGAGCGUGCGGGACGCCUACGGCACCUCCUCUCUCAGCAGCAGCAGCAACUCGGGCUCCUGCAAGGGCAGCGACAGCAGCCCCACACCCAGGCGCUCCAUGAAGUACACACUGUGCAGCGACAACCACGGCGUCAAGCCCCCCACCCCGGAGCAGUACCUGACCCCCCUGCAGCAGAAGGAGGUGUGCAUCCGGCACCUGAAGGCCCGGCUGAAGGACACCCAGGACCGGCUGCAGGACCGGGACACCGAGAUCGAUGACCUGAAGACACAGCUGUCGCGCAUGCAGGAGGACUGGAUCGAGGAGGAGUGCCACCGCGUGGAGGCCCAGCUGGCCCUGAAGGAGGCGCGCAAGGAGAUCAAGCAGCUCAAGCAGGUCAUCGACACAGUCAAGAACAACCUGAUUGAUAAGGACAAGGGGCUGCAGAAGUACUUCGUGGACAUCAACAUCCAGAACAAGAAGCUGGAGACGCUGCUACACAGCAUGGAAGUGGCCCAGAACGGCACGGCCAAGGAGGACGGCACCGGGGAGUCGGCCGGCGGGUCCCCUGCCCGCUCCCUCACCCGCAGCUCCACCUACACCAAGCUGAGUGACCCCGCCGUCUGCGGCGACCGCCCCCCCAGCGACCACCCUGGGGCCUCUGCCGAGGACGGGGCUGACAGUGGCUUCGCGGGGCUGACCGAGGACACGCUGAGCCGGACGGACGCGCUGGAGGCCAGCAGCCUGCUGUCGUCGGGGGUGGACUGCGGCCCCGAGGAGGGCUCACUGCACAGCAGCUUUGGCCUGGGCCCCCGCUUCCCCGCCAGCAACACCUACGAGAAGCUGCUGUGUGGCCUGGAGGCCGGGGUGCAGGCCAGCUGCAUGCAGGAGCGCGCCAUCCAGACGGACUUCGCGCAGUACCAGCCGGACCUGGACGCCAUCCUGGAGAAAGUGACCCAGGCCCAGGUCUGCGGGGCAGUCCCUGAAUUGGGGGUCGGGGAUCCAGAGCUGGAGCCCCAACCCCCGGGGCCCAAAGACCCCAGCUCCGCCGUGGUGGUGACGGUGGGUGACGAGCUGGAGGCCCCGGAGCCCAUCACCCGAGGGCCCAGCGCGCACUGGCCGGGUGCCAACCGCAGCCCCGGCCCGUCGGUGAGCGUGGCGUGCCCGCUGGAAGAGGAGGAGGCGGCCGCCGCCGAGAAGGAGCCCAAGAGCUACUGGAGCCGCCACUACAUCGUGGAUCUGCUGGCCGUGGUGGUGCCGGCCGUGCCCACGGUGGCCUGGCUCUGCCGCUCGCAGCGGCGCCAGGGCCAGCCGGUUUACAACAUCAGCUCGCUGCUAAGGGGCUGCUGCACUGUGGCCCUGCACUCCAUCCGCAGGGCCAGCUGCCGCUCGCUGAGCCCACACGGCCCGAGCGCCGCGGCAGGCAGCUCCCAGCUGUGA